AAAACGCCUUACUGGCGUCUCUUAGUCUGGAAGGGUUCGCUAUUGCGGCAGGCGUCUGGCGUUUGUCUAUCGUGUUUAAGAACACAUUUACGACUCCAAACCCUAUAUAAGAUAAAGAGGGAGCUGCAUGACAGGAGCACAGCGGUGACAUCACUUCCGGAUGCAGUGGUAGGACGGGACAAUGACGUCAGUAGCUGUAGCCGUUGACCAAUCAGCGAUGGCCAAGAAUGGCAUGUUAGUGUGUUCUCCGUCGGCCAAGAAGAGCGACCGAGACAGUGCUGCUGUCUGCAUACAGUCUCACUUUCGAGCCUACUUGUCUAGAAAAUAUAAAAACCAACAGGAAGACGCAAUGAGAUUGAAACGAAGCAUCCGGACUUCUCACGAAGACAGAUUUCUCUUACAGAACCAACUAAACCAACAGAACGAAGAUAAAGUCAGCAGUUUAAGGACUCGAUCUGGCUAUAGAGUCUCUCCCAGUGGAAUCAGAAUACAACAGGGAUGGCAUUUCUUCCAGAAUCACAAUCAACAGUCGAGCCCGUCACCCACAAAAACAUCCCAAUGUGGCUACAAUCCAAAUUUAGCAUCGCCCUUGGAAGAUAUGAGCGAUCAGGCCAUGUCUUUGUCAUCUCCAGAAGAUAUAUCCAAGAACGGAACUACUGAAGACGAUAGCUUAUCCGAUCUGGAAUAUACAGAAACUAGCCCUUUGCUAACUGGAAGGAACUUGAAGAAAAGUUUAGAAGAGGAGGACGACUUCGAAGAUUUAAGCGAAGAUUAUAACAACAAUAACAACAAUCAUUGCAACGCUAGCAGCCCCGAAGUUGAUCCCGAAGACAUCGAUAGUGAAGAUUCUUUGUUCUCCGAUUCCUCAGAUAUGUCAGAUCAAGCCGGAAAGGAUUGCUACGUUCUGGAGAAUACUUACAAUAAUAAUAACUUUUUGGAAAAUAAUACUAGGGACCAAUUAUACAUCGGAGACGAGAAGCAAUACGCAGAUACUCAAUUGGAUAGGAGGAGUUCGGAUGAGAAAGCGAAUCCCACUUUGGUCUUCUGCAAUUCCUCGUCAGAGUCUCCGAAACUGACGGAAGGCCUUCAGAAAGGUAAUAAUCUUCCGGAUGUGUUGCCCCUCGACGCUACAAAGUCUCCGAGUUCGGGUAGUGGGCCAGAUACUAACGAUGUUAGUCCCAUGAGUGAUAUUAGUUGUUCUUCGGAUUUAGACGUGAACAUAGCUUCCAACCAAGCAUUCAACAAUUUCUCGAUACCUCUGAGUAAGCAUAAUGAUAUUCAGUGCCUCGUUCAGGACACUGUUCAGCAAGAAAAGAUAAACAUUCGAGAAUUUAAUUCCGAACAGUUUUCGACUUCUUUCGAGGAAUCGAAAAUUUUGAACACUGUGGAAUCUCUGCCGCGUAACAUGACCAAAGAAUAUCAGCAUCAGUUAAGGAACCGUAGCGGAUGGAAUCACGGAGAAGAUUGGCAAAAAUCGCAGAACGUACACGAAGCGGAGGAAAAAUCUAUCACACCGAAUAAAGAAGAAAAUACUCAGGAUAAUAGGGAACAAGAAUUUACAGAACGGUGUGAACAGCGGGCGGAGGAUUUAUUAAAAAUCCUACAGGAUUCACCCGCUAACAUGGUUCGUUGCCCCGAAAGGAUCAACGAUUCUCAGAGGAAUGGACUUCCUGUAGAUUUAUUAACCGGGACUUUAGAUGCCAACGGAGCUUGUGUGCCUCCUCCCUAUUUCGGUGACGAAAAUCAUAACUGUGACGUCAUCACUUCCUCCUUAACACCCGAAGAUAAUAACGCUGUCGAAUUAACGCCUAAAAUUCGAGUGGAAAAAAAAUCUUCCGAUCAGUUGGGAGAUUUUGAUGUGUAUAACAUUGAAACGGCAAUGCCUACAAUAGACUGGGUAGCCAUGGAAGCUCAUCUGACUCGAGCUGCUAAAGAAGACGACUGGCUGAAAAGAAGGAGGAAUGAUCGCGAGGAAAUUCGCAGAAAGCUAGCGAUGGAUUCAGAUAGCGAAGAUUACUAUCUUGGAGAAAGAGUUACGAGAAAACCGAGUCUUACUACUAGACUUCAGAGUGGGAUGAACUUGCAGAUUUGUUUUAUGAACGAGACUGCUAGCGAUCAGGAAAGCCAAGGUAGCGAUCAGGAUGGUGAUAAUUCGACCGGAACGGAUAAAGAAGAGACAAAAUGUCUUUUGCAAGAUACAACAGUAACAGAUACUCAAAUUACUUCCGAAGAUGAAACAGAACAUCAGAAGGCUUCAUCUGUCACAACUCCUCUGGUACCAUCGAACAACAACCUGAACAAUAACAACAAUGAGGCACCUACAGAGAACCUCCCUUCUCUCAAUACUAAGCGCCAACGUCCUUCGUUCUUCUUCAACCGCCAGAGAAGUUGGAGAUUAGGUCAUCUGCGUUCCUCUCAACACCAGAAGAAGGAAGAAAAGAAAGAGAUUGAAGAAGAUUUCUUUACUCGCCAUGCUCGCCUGCAAGCGGAGGCUAGAAUGGCUCUCGCUCAAGCAAAAGAAAUGGCUAGGAUGCAAAUGGAAGUAGAAAGACAGAGAAAAAAGAAAUCGCCUAUUGCUGAGAUAGUUGGUCUUCCGUUUCCUAAUGGAAAACAUAGGCUAAGUAGACAUAUCUUAACCGAUAUGAACGUUGCACAGUUACAAGUCAUUGUCAAUGAUUUACAUUCCCAAAUAGAAGGUUUAAAUGAAGAACUAGUGCGUCUGUUAUUGGAGAGAGACGAUCUUCACAUGGAGCAGGACUCCAUGCUAGUGGAUAUAGAAGAUCUUACUCGCUACCUGUGAAAAAGUGAACUUUACUGAACAUCAUUUUCCAUCUUUCAGCGGAGCCAAGGAUGAGGCAAUGAGGAACCAACAGAAUAGUCUGAAGAAACCAAAGAGCACCAAAAAGUAGCGGGAUAUAAAACCUUUACUUAAAUUCCGUUGGUUGAUCGAAUUGAAGAUGGCUGACGGGAGCACAAUCGACAUCGCCAUCAUCCGGACACGAGCCAAAUGCUUGACCUUAGAAAAUUUAGCCUCCAGUAUUGAUGUGAUUCUAGUUCCGUGUGACUGGAAGUAUGUCUGACAAACUGUUCCUCCUUUUUUUCAAAUCAGACAAAUUGCAGAGAAGGACAUAGGAAUUUUUUUUCGUUUUGUUUUUUGCUUUUAGCUACUGAGGAGGUCUAUACUCUAUCAAGUGUGCACGAACCAAAAAAUAAAAAUAAAAAAAAAUAUAUCCAGAGCACCUGUACUAUCUGCCAAGAAAAGGCAUCGUGACAUAUAUAGACAUUCACGUCAUUUUUCGUACGUAGCCUAUAUAUGUUUUUUCGUUUUCGUCAAACUUAGAGAAGAGAAAAACAAUGUGGGUUUUUUAUGUUGAUGUAAAAAUUAUCUACCAAGGAACUGUUUGUGUAAUCACAAUGUGUACGUGUUACUCGAAGACUUAACGUGCUUCCUAAGGGCACAACGAAUUUCGUUACAGGAGGAAUAUCCCCUUUAGAUUUUAAUUGACGCUUGAAGAUUUUUCUAGUCUACGCCUCCGAAAGGACUUUAGUCAAAAGGUACCAAAAUGGAGGAGGCAAUACUCAGCUUUCUUUUAAUUUUGUGCCAAUAUCUAGUCUGCAACAUCUGUCACCUGACUAGCGAACAGUCUUCGUUGUUGCCUUCGAUUAAUAUAUUAGAAAGGGUAUAAACGUGUCAUAUUUAUUUCAUCAGUUGAGAAGAUGGAGAGCAAAAAUUUAAUUAUAUAAAUUAAGCUACUCCAACAUUAUUAAAAAAAAAUGUGAUUGAUAACUGUUUUUCCAUAAAGGUUACAACGAAGACUUCGCUAAAACUGUGCCAGAAAGUCAGAACUUCUACUUAAGAAAAAAAGAAGAAUUCAAGAUAUUUAUCCCGUUUUGUUAAUAAAAGUUGUAUUUACAUUUUUUCAAUAUUUCUUGCACAGAGAAUAUGUAUUCGUAUGUGUGUUUAAGAGCAUGUAUGAGUGUAUGUACGUUUGUAAAUAUAUACUCACCUAAACCCUGAUAA